AUGCUAAAGACACAACAGAUUCACCCGACCAACGCCAGUUUGGCGAGCGGUACAUCAGCCCCAAAGAUAACUCCAGAAAGUCGUCGUACCCUACAAAUGCCGUCUCCAAUGCCAAGUAUAAUCCCAUCACAUUCAUCCCGAUUAUUCUCUACGAACAGUUCAAGUUUUUCUUCAACCUUUAUUUUCCUCCUCGUGGCGUUGUCGCAGAUCGUACCGCAAUUGCGAAUCGGAUACCUUAGUUCCUAUAUUGUUCCGUUGGCAUUUGUGCUCACCGUAACAAUGCUCAAAGAGGCUCUCGAUGAUCUUUCCAGAAGACAUCGUGAUAGAGAACAGAACAACGAACUCUACGAGGUGCUCAAUCGCGCGAGUCUGAUAGCACCAGAGGCAAAGUUGGUGCAGUCCAAGAACCUAAAAGUGGGAGAUUUGGUUCGUCUUCAUAAAGAUACCAGAGUACCAGCCGAUAUGAUUUUGCUCCAAACUUCAGAGAAGGACGGAACAGGAGAGGCAUUCAUCAAGACAGAUCAAUUGGAUGGAGAAACCGACUGGAAACUACGUGUUGCUCUCAAUGCAACCCAGUCGCUUACUAGCAUUUCACAACUUUCAGACAGCAUUUCCUUGAUUGUCUCCGAACCCACCAAAUCGAUUCAUAGCUUUGCGGGAAAACUUAUUCAUCGCCCUCACCAACAGGAUACCUCAUCAUCUGAUCAAACUUACCCGUUAACUAUCGACCAAACUUUAUGGGCCAACACGGUCUUGGCCCUGGGACUGGCUAUUGGUAUCGUGAUCUACACUGGAUACGAGACAAGGCAGCUGCUUAAUACUACCAAGACUGGAGUAAAGACUGGGUUAUUGGAAUUGGAAAUCAACAAAAUCUCCAAGAUUCUUUGCAUAGUUGUUCUCGUUCUAUCCGUUGCAUUGGUUUUGGCCCACGGCUGGCCAUUGAAGUCCACAUGGUACAUUGACAUUCUCAGAUUUCUUAUUCUAUUUUCAACAAUCAUUCCCGUAUCGCUUCGAGUGAACUUGGACUUGGCAAAGUCCGUUUACGCAUCGCAAAUUCAAAGAGAUUACGAGAUCGAAGGUACCAUUGUACGAACAUCGACCAUUCCUGAGGAUUUGGGAAGAAUAGAGUACUUAUUAUCGGACAAGACAGGAACAUUGACCCAGAACGAUAUGGAGUUGAAGAAAUUGCAUCUAGGUAGCGUGAGCUAUUCGGGAGAUACUCUUGAUAUGGUGGGAGAAUACGUUGCUGGUAUGCUUUCAUUGAUUGAUACAAAUCAUCCUAAGAAGCGAGAUUUGAGUGGAAGAGUUUGCGAUUUGGUACUUACACUUGCACUUUGUCACAAUGUCACUCCUACCUAUGACGAAGAAGACUCUGAUUUCGGUACCGCGGUGACCUAUCAAGCUGCAUCGCCGGACGAAACGGCAAUUGUAAAGUUCACUGAGCUGGUUGGUUUGAAAUUAGUAAAGAGAGAUCGCCAGUCGAUAACUCUAUACCACACAAGCUCCAACACAAUACUUGAUUUUGAGAUUCUUUUACAUUUUCCCCUUCAGCUCAGAGACUAA